CGAUACAUAUACUAACUUCGUCGUCGCUCCUCUGCCGCGUCCCUCCAUCGACGCUUCUCAAGAACAUCCUCGCCCUCACGGACCAAGACGCUCUCAACCACGUAUUUACAUCUUAUCCUGAGCCUCACGCUUUCUUGCGGCUCUGUGUGAUUCCUCUUUGCCUCCUAUCCCGCCCUCACCUUUUCUCAUAUCAUCAAGGGUCCGCGUUGGCGUGUGCAGCAGCAUCGACAACCCACAGUCCUUGUUUGUCUCUACCUUUCCAUCUCGCAGCCAGGAAUCUACCGUGGGCUCAUACAAGAGAAAGGGCACCCGCCUUUACACCCUGCCGUUUCGCCGCCAGAAGCUAGAUGUGCCAGCCAACGGCGCAGUUAUUCACCGGCAUCCCUCCUCACCCAGCACUCAGGGAGCAAUCUGAGGCGGGUAGAUAUAACAACUCGCACCGCCCACGCCCCAUGGACAUCAAGGUCGCUAUGGGGAAUCCUCAGUGCCUGGACCCCCAGAUUGAAACGAGCAUCGAUCUCGACGAACUCCUCUACAACGGACCACCAACAUCCCCUACCACAUUCUCCGAGCUCAACUACACCUGCACAUCCCCUCACGGCUACACGGCCGCACCGAUGGACCCAAGCCUGUUGACGCCCGUGUCGAGCAUUGCGUCGCCUCCUCACCAGCACAGGAUCAUUGACAUAAACGCCGGGUUUCCAUACGGCGCUUCCGAGGAGGUCCAGCACUCGUCUCCGGCUUCUGACUGCUCAAACAUGUUAAUGCAAUACGACAUGGGUGUCACCACCCAGUCGCCAGCAUCCAUAACCAUCCACGCGCCCGUGACUGAGAGCCUAUUCGACAGCAACAUGGUCUCUUACAAUAUGCCCGCGUCGCCCGCCGCCGAAGCCCCAGAGCCCAGCCAGUAUCACCUCGGCCCUUAUGACAUGUCCGAGCCCCAGCAUGACCGGAACUACCACUUUUCCAACCAGGCCGUCGUGGCCGCAAGCAGUCUCCCAGUCGGCGCAGAUACCUAUGGCCAACGCCCUCUGCCGUCCAUGACGCCCAACCAGUCCAACCUGAUGGAUGGCCAGGACUCGAUUUCUCUCCAGCCCUCGAGGAACAUCUCCCCAACGCCUUACCACCAGGACUUCCACGGUCUCUCUAAGGACCUGCUCCCGCUCCCCACCAAGCGAGAGCGCAAGAGGUUCCCGAAGAUGCGCAAACCCAUACGCAAACCCGCACGCAAGCCCGACGUCUCCGAGCGCGGCGCGGCCGGCCGCUCCUCGGUGUCUGGCCCGCCGUCGGUGAGCACCUGCGACGCCACCGCCGCAGCAGCAGCCGGGCGCGACAACCGCACGGGCAAGACCCAGCUCGCCGCCGCGGCCGCCGUGGCGCAGGGGCUCAAGGCAGGCAUUCCGACGCUAGUGCUCAAGAAUUCGGCGCCGGCGGACCUCAAGAGGCUGCUAGAGCUGCGUAAGGAGUUCAACAACGACAAGGGGAAAGGAAUGUGGGACGACAUCACAAAGGCCUACAACGCCGAGUUCGGCACGCAGUACGGCGACGAGCACGACCGCGCCAGGCUGCAGAUGAAGCUCACCCGCGGCAUCAACCGCUACGCCGAGCUGCCCAAAGCCGAGGAACUGCGCAUAAUCGAAGCAUUCGAGUACGACGAGAAGCACAAGUACGAGCGCAUCUGUGCGCGCCUGGCCGAGACGGGCGGCAGCGAUGUGUGGCCGUGGAAGCCGGCGCAGAUCGAGGGCCACCUGGUGGUCCUGGGCAUGGAGGAGAAGGUGGUGGACGAGAAGAACAACCUGCGCCGGAAGCGGCGCGAGGCCCAGCGCAAGCGCAACGCCGCCAACGCCAUGCCCGUCGCCCGCGAGUCGGUCGACGGCAUCAUGGUCGAGUGGGUCAGCAACACGAGGCCCAUGGCCCUGCCCGGCAGCAACAACGGCAGCCCCAACAUCACCCUGCCGUCGCAGGCCUACCAGUUUGUCGGCAUGGGGGGCAUGAGGCGCCCGUCCGCCUACGACAUGGCUGGCGCCGCGCCGCAGCAGCAGCGGCAGGUCAUCGACGCGCACUUCUUCUCCAACGAGGACCACGACGACGUCAUGAAGCAGCUCGAGCAAAAGUACUAUGCCAACGGCGGCGACCCUGACGACAUGGCCGGCAGCCCUGCCAUCAAUGCGCAGCACCACGCUCACCUUGAGCACCAGACCCAGUACUACAUCCAGGAAACCAAGCGCGAGGCAUACUAGAAUCGAACUUUUUUUUUUCUCUUUUUACUUAUACCCCACAUGUUUCCUCUUCUUCCUCGCACAUACUUUUGGCAUUACCCAUGUUCCCUUUUUUUCCUGCCACGGGCGGUUUUUGUGUUUUUUUUUCCUGCUGCUUUUCUACUCACUUCGCUUCUAACACGCUCUUGAGCUUUUCUUCCGGCAGCUCAGAGCAGUAGGGUCAUCCCGUUGGCAUUCCUUGCCAGUCAUGUCAGGGGUUUGGUGUUUCUAUAGCUCUUCUCCUUGGCUAGCUUACGACUUUUUUUUCGAGGACAUCUACCCAUCUUUCUUUGCCUUGUUUUGGUUUUCAUUUUGUUUUGCUCGGGAAAUGAUAUCAAGGACGUGAUUUAGACUGCAGGACGCACAUUCCUCCCCUCCAAAGGGCCCUUUCUCUCUCUCCAGUUUCACAAGAAACGUAUAAAAAUCUAGCCGUUUUUCUCUAAUGCCCUUUUUGCCGCAUGCGCUCCUUGUUCCCUGUAUUGGAAUGUCUUGGCUUGUGCUCUCUUCACGCAUUGGGCUUCUCUCCUGGGACACAUCUGCGCGGGCAAGGAGGGACUGUGGAGCGACCAGGGCGUGGAGGGACCACCAUUGCUUGCUUUUUUUUCUUUUUUUUUAUCUCCCUUGGUCUCGUUUGUGUUCUUCCAACUCGGGCGAGGCGCUUUUCCUUUCUUUUUCAUGAUACCACGAGGAGACAAGAGACGCCUUCCAGCAAACCUAAUUCAACCUAACCCCCUUACCUAGCCAGCCGCGGGGCCAUUUCUAGGCCCCGGCGUUUGUAC